CGACAGACUUCCUCAAUAGCAUCCUAGGGCGCCGGGUGUUUGUGCGGCUGAACUCUGGCAUCGACUACAAGGGGGUGCUUGCAUGCCUGGACGGGUACAUGAACAUUGCGCUGGAGCAGACAGAGGAAUACGUGGACGGGGAACUGCGGAACCGGUAUGGCGACACAUUCAUCCGCGGAAACAACGUUCUGUACAUCUGCGGGAUAUAGAAAAAAGCGAAGCCCGAUCGUUACGUAUGCAAGCGCUUUUCCGUUAGGGUAGUCAGGUUUAGAAAAUUUUUUCAAUGAAAUAAUCGUCAACCGCUUCGCUGCGUGAACCCUCUCUGGAAAACUCUUCUUUCGCUUGCUCUUUUAUAUUGCUACAGCACAGUUUUUUUUAUACAAUGGACGAUUUAGUGCAAAACUUUUGCGCAGUUACUGGUGCUGAAGCCGAUGUAGCGACUGGGUACCUGCAGGUAUCGGAUAACAAUGUUGAGCAGGCGGUGUCGCUGUACUUUGAGAAUGGCGGACGGCCUCUGCAGAGCCAUACCUCAGCGCCCGCAGCCUCGGGUCCAGGCAGCAGCGAAGGUCUGGGCAGCUUUGCUGGCGGUGGCGAAGACAGCGUGCGUGCUCCGAUUGCCGCCCAGCGUGAUGUGCUCGUAGCGGAUUACGGAGGCGGCUCCUACCAGUCCUACGGCUAUGCGCGCAGCUCUGGCGGGGACGGCAAAUGGCUGCUGCUGAACAUCCAAGAUGUUGCUGACUUCCGGUGCCAGGCGCUGAACCGCGACAUCUGGAAGGAUGAGCUCAUCAAAGAUAUUGUGGCCAAAAACUUUGUAUUCUUGCAAAUUGCGGUCGAUACCAGUGAGGGCGGCAGGCUGGCCAGUCUGUACAAUACGCAGGGGGAGUUCCCAUUCAUUGCUAUUAUUGACCCCAAGACUGGCGAGUGCCAGCGGGUGCUGAGUAGGUUCUCGAGGCCAAAUGAUUUUAUGGACGACGUCAUGUCGUUUUUGGCCAGCAGCCCAGCGGGUGCAGCAGGUAGCUCAGCAGCAGCUCGGGCCACAGGUGGCAUGCGCUCCAGUACCCGGCCGGUGCAUGAGAUGACUGAGGAGGAACAGUUGGCAGCCGCUAUUGCUGCCAGCGAGCUCGAGACCCACCACGAGGGCACACAGGACGACCCAAUCGACAUUGUUGACUCGGACGACGAUUUCGACAGCUCAUCAUACUCGCUGCCCGACGCCGACGACAUGGAGGUUGAGGAUACCUCACCCUCACCUGUCCGGCUAUCAGCUCCCCAGCCCGCAGUGGACCUCGGCCCAGAUGCCUGCCACCGCUUCGGCCCCACAGUCACUCGUAUCCAAUUCCGCCUGCCCAACGGCAGCCGCGUGUCCGACAAGGUGUUGGUCCUGUUUCAGUACCUGAAGGCGUCGGUGGCGGAGGCGCAGAGCGAAGUUCCCGAAGUGCUAUUUAUGCGUAGUCGUCUUGCAAAGCUCGUCAAUGCCUCAGUAACAGUCGAUAUCUAGCACACUCGUUAAAUAAAGCCCUGUGUUCCUUUUUGAGAAAA